UUUGUUGCAAAGCAAUUAUAAAAUUUGACAUAUUGUAAACAAAACAUUGAAACAAACAGUUUAUCACUUAUUUUACCGCUGUGUUCUAAAAUAAAGUAAAUUUUAACUCAAAAAAAUAUAAUGGAAGUGACGGAGGAAACUGAACGUUGUCGGUUGUGUUUCUCUCAAGUCACAAAAUUCAUCGAUAUAUUUGGUGAAUCUGCAUUGACUCAGAAUAUAAUCGAACCAUUGAAUCAGUACUUUUAUGAUGAGGUGACCAAAACGGACACUCUACCGAAAAUCAUUUGUUGUACAUGCUGGGAAAAAGUGAAAGCAUUUCGUAACUUUGCUGAAGAAGCAAUUGCAUUACGUCAAGAGUAUUUAAAACAAAAUAACACCACCAAUCAUGAAAAUGCUGAAAACAAUGAUUUAGAUGAUUCUGAAACUGCAAAUGUCGAAGCACAAGUCCACGAAGAAACAGUAUACGUGGAACCAGUGCCAACACCGUCCAUUGAUGGUGGAGAUAAUAAAUUAACUGCGGGCAAGUCAAAUUAUGAAACAUCGUGUGAUGAUUCUAGUGAUAAGUGGUUUAAUGCAAAAGGACCAUCGAAAUCGGAAAUUGAUGACGUCGAUCUACCUGAUUGUGCCGAUAAAUCGUGUGAUUUAUGCCAAAAGACAGUAUUCAAAACAUACAAUGCAAUGAUAAGACAUUAUCGUGAAGACCACAAUAUUACAUCCGGAUAUGUCAAGUGUUGUCAACAGAAAUUCUAUGAUAUCGGCUUUUAUAAGGAGCAUACGGCCUGGCAACACAUUAAUCCCGAUGUAUUUAGACCGAUUUUGGAGUGGCACCAUGAAGAACACAAGAUUGGCUCCUUUCUCUGUGAAAUCUGUGCGGAAGAGUUCAAAUCGAAACCGGAAUUGGAUAACCACGUAGAGUUACAUUUAAAUGGAAUCAUAGACCAUAGACCGAGGUUAAAGUUUCAAUGCAAUCAAUGCAACAAAAUUUCACCAAAUGGAAAUGCACUACAAACACACAUUCGUCAAGUGCAUUGCGAAUCCAAAUACAAAUGCCACUUGUGCUCAAAAUCAUUUAAAAUGGAGGACUCUCUCAAGGAUCACGUCUCGAUGCAUCUGAAAAGCAAAAAAUACAAGUGUUCAUACUGUAGACAAGAGUUUGUGUGGCGUUCAAACAUGUACAAGCAUCAAAAACAAUUGCAUAGAAAUGAAUGGCUGAGUGAGAAAAUGCGUUGGAAUACCGCACCCAAUGGCAGCUGGAACGUCAGCCAAUAACAAAAUUUGAAUUUACUUAAUAAGCUUUGAAAUUGUGCAAGAAUAAAAUUACAUAUUUUUAAAA